CACUCAUUUCUCCUACUGUCAAACUCCUUCUCAAAGUCUCACCCACUCACUCUCUCCCUUUUAUCUAAUCCAUUUCUCUCUCCUCUCUUCUUCUCCCACGCAUUUCACACUUCCCCCCUUUCUUCCCCAAGCCGCCACUCCCUCUCUUUCACGUGUUUCAUUCUUUCCCCCUUUCCUCAUUUUUCAUGAAUUUCUCCCCCUUUUUUUGAAAAUUCAACUUAAUUAAAAUAAAAAUAAAAACUUAUAAUGAUGAAUCUUUGGUCAUCAGAUGACAUUAAUGGUUCCUCUUCUUCUCCUUUACUAAUGAUGGACUCUUACCAACCUUCUCCCACCCCUUCCGCCACCACACCCGCUACCAUCACCGCGCAAGACACCCUUCAAAGCCGACUCCAAGCGUUGAUUGAUUACCCCGCCACCGUCCGCGGCGAGAGCUGGACCUACGCUAUCUUCUGGCAGUACAGCGUUGAUUUUUCCGGUCAACCUCUACUCGGGUGGGGCGAUGGGUAUUACAGGGGAGAAGAUAAGAACACUCGAAGGGAUAAGAUGGAAAAUACUCAAAAUAGUAACAAAAUUUUGCAGGAUUCAGCUGAGCAAGAACACCGGAAAAAGGUGCUCCGUGAGCUGAACUCGCUCAUUUCCGGUGCUUCGCCGGCGGAGGAUUCCCCCGUCGAGGAGGAAGUAACUGAUACUGAGUGGUUCUUCCUCAUUUCCAUGACUCAUACUUUUGCCAGCGGUGAGGAUUUACCGGGUCAGGCCCAUUUGAGCUCUAACCCGAUUUGGGCGGCGGGGGUCGACCGGCUUUCUACCUCGCCGUGUAAUCGGGCUAAACAAGGAUCGUGUUUCGGGCUUCAGACGAUGGUAUCGAUUCCGGUGUUGAACGGCGUUGUUGAGCUGGGGUCCACUGAGUUGAUUUUUCAGAGUCAUGAUUUGAUGAACAAGGUGAGGGCGUUGUUCUGUUAUGGGCCUGGGCCUGGCGACUCGGAUUGUUCGUGGUCUGUUCCGUUACCCGCCCCCGCCCCCGCCCCUUCCGGCGAGAGUGACCCUACGGCGAUGUGGAUCAACGAUCCAAACCCGCCGGAGUUGAGGAAAACUCCGACUCCUCCGCCGCCGCAACCUCCUCCGCCAGCUCAGCAACCGAAAGUGAUCAAUUUGGAUAGCCCGAUUAAGAGCAACCCUAGUGAGAUUCAGAAAGGUGGGUUUUUCACUAGAGAGUUGAAUUUUUCCGAUUAUGCUGGGUGUAAUGGAGGCGCAUCCAAAAUCAAUGGAAGUUUAAAGCCGGAAUCUGGGGAAAUUUUGAGUUUCGGUGGUGGUGGUGAUGCAAAGAGGUCCACAAAUAACAAUAAUAGCAACUCUAACAAUGGAAAUGUUGGGCUGUUUGGGACGAAUUCACAGUUUUUAAUGGAUGAUAAUAGCAAUAAGAAGAAACGCCCGACGAAUUCCCGAGGAAGUAACGAUGAAGGGAUGUUAUCUUUCACUUCCGGUGUGAUCUUAGCUUCUUCCGGGAUCGGAAAAUCGAGCAAUAACGGCGGCGCUGAUUCAGGUCAUUCCGAUUUAGAUGCUUCAAUUCGGGAGGUUGAUAGUAGUAUAGUGGUGGCGCCGGAGCCGGAAAAACGGCCGAGGAAACGUGGACGGAAACCGGCUAACGGUAGAGAAGAGCCAUUAAACCAUGUAGAAGCAGAACGACAACGAAGGGAGAAGCUAAACCAAAGAUUCUACGCACUUCGAGCAGUUGUCCCCAACGUUUCAAAAAUGGAUAAAGCGUCGCUUUUAGGCGACGCCAUUUCUUACAUAAACGAGCUUAGAACGAAGCUCACCGAUUUCGAGUCGGAAAAAGAGGGGUUAAUUGCUCAAGUUGAAGAGAUGAAGAAAGAAUUGUUAUCCAACAAAGGAUCACAAAACCAACAACACCAACAACAACAACAACCACCGUUCUUUGAGAGUGAUGUAAAGAACGGAAUCAAACAACAGUUAAUGGAUUUGGAGAUCGAUGUAAAGAUAAUUGGGUGGGAAGCGAUGAUAAGAGUGAACUGCAACAAGAAGAACCACCCAGCAGCGAGGUUAAUGGCGGCGUUGAAGGAGUUGGAAUUGGAUGUAACACAUGCUAGUGUUUCGGUUGUAAAUGAGUUGAUGAUUCAACAAGCGACGGUAAAGAUGUGUAAUCGGUAUUACAGUCAAGAACAAUUGAAGAUGGUUCUUGUUUCGAAAGUAUCAGAUCCCAGAUAAUAGUCAUGCUAGUUGUUCAUAUUAGUUACUAUUGUAUAAUUAUAGUUUAGCUUAAUUGGAAGUUUUAGAUUUGUUUAGUAUUGUUGUAGAAUUGUAGGAGGGAAUAGGAGCUGGGUAUUAUAGAUAAAAUUAAUCCUUUUGCUAAGCUAUGUAAAUGGGAAUAAAAGAACUUAGCUCCAACUCCAAGUUUUGAACUCAUUUGUACCAAGUAUUAUUGAAAUGAAAUGUAAACCUAUUACAAGUAUCAA